AUGGGUAAUCAAUUGGUUGGUAUAGCACCAUCACAAAUUUAUCCCGUUGAACAUUAUUUCUCGGGACAAUUUGGUGAUAUUGAAUUCGAUUCCAAUAUGGGUAGUACACGAUUUUUUAAAGUGGCCAAGGCAAAAUCUGAGGAAGGACUAAUUGUGGUCAAGGUAUUUGUUAUACAUGAUCCCACCUUGCCAUUGGAGGACCAUAAGGCUCGUGUGGAAUAUAUUAAGAAGUCGCUGACAAAUGCUGUCAAUUGUCUACCAUUCCAAAGGGUUGAGAUCACCGAUAAAGCUGCCUAUAUAAUGCGUGAAUAUGUUAAACACAGUUUAUAUGAUCGUGUCUCAACCCGACCCUUCCUCACGGUGUUGGAAAAGAAGUGGAUAACAUUUCAGAUAUUGUGUGCUCUCAAUCAGUGUCACAAACAGAAAAUAUGUCAUGGUGAUAUUAAAUUGGAAAAUAUUUUGAUCACAUCAUGGAAUUGGAUAUUAUUGUCGGAUUUUGCUUCGUUUAAGCCAACAUAUUUACCCGAAGAUAAUCCUGCCGAUUAUACAUAUUUCUUUGAUACGAGUCGUAGACGUACAUGUUAUAUAGCACCCGAAAGAUUUGUUAAAACUCUAUCAUCGGAUGAUAUGGAUGGUAAUGCAGCAAUGUUUCCCACCGACUCCAUAAUACGUUUGGGUCCGCAUUAUUCGGGAAAUACAUUGUUGCCGGCAAUGGAUAUAUUUUCGGCGGGCUGUGCCUUGCUGGAACUUUGGACAGAGGGAACAGCGCCCUUUGAAUUAUCCCAAUUAUUGGCCUAUCGUCGUGGUGAACGCGAACUUGUUGAGAAGCAUCUGCAAGGCAUUGAAAAUGAACGUUUACGCAAUUUGCUCGCAUCCAUGAUCGAUUUAAAUUCCAUGUUACGUAAAAGUGCCGAAGAUUAUCUGGAUCAGGAACGUGGACGUCUAUUUCCCGAAUAUUUCUAUUCAUUCCUACAAUCGUAUUUACAAAUGUUCUCUUCGGCACCCAUAAUGUCACCAGAUGAUAAAAUAAUGCGUCUACAUACAGAUAUAAAUCAUUGCAUAAAAGUUCUGACAACCGGUCACUGUGCCGAUUUAACACCCGAAGAAGAGGAGGGGAAACACGAGAAAUAUGAUAUAUCCAAAGAAAUUCUGGAGGAACAAGAAACCGAAAAGAAAGAUGCUGAAACAUGUGCCAAUAUUGCCCCGGAUCAGGAUGGCUUGAUUUUAAUUAUAACCGUUGUCACUUCGUGUAUUCGCGGACUGAAACAUUCAAAUACGAAAAUUGCUUCGCUGGAAAUAUUGCAAAAAUUAUCGAAAUAUACAACAUCGGAGACAAUUUUGGAUCGUAUACUGCCGUAUAUAAUCCACUUGGCCCAAAACUCAUCGGCUAAAGUACAAGUCCAAGCCAUUGAAACACUAACAGCCUGCCUGAGUAUGGUCAAAGAUAUUCCACGUAGCGAUGCCAAUGUAUUUCCUGAAUAUAUUUUACAGUCGAUAACCCAGCUGGCAAAUUGUGAUCAAAGUGCCGUCAUUGUAAGGGUAGCCUUUGCCCGCAACAUUGCCAAAUUGGCCAAAAUCGCCAUUUACUUUCUAGAGGAAACUCAGCGUAAUUCACCCAAUGAUAUGCCAACACGACGUUAUGAAGCGGAGUUGAAUGCUCUACAUGAAAUUAUACGACAAACCGUUUUAAGUUUACUAACCGAUCCAAAGGCCAUUGUCAAACAGACCCUAAUGGAAUCGAAUAUUUGCGAUUUAUGUGCAUUCUUUGGCAAGGAAAAAGCCAAUGAUGUAAUUUUAUCGCACAUCAUGACAUUCUUAAAUGAUGAGGAUAAGAAUUUGCGUGGCUCAUUUUAUGACAACAUUGCCGGUGUAGCCGGCUAUGUGGGUUGGCAAGUGUCCGAUAUUCUGGUACCAUUGUUACAACAAGGUUUUACGGAUCGUGAAGAAUUUGUCAUAGCCAAGGCAAUAAGGGCCGUAACCAUCCUAAUUGAAUUGGGUCACAUUAAAAAGCCCACCGUAACCGAUAUUAUUCAAGAGACAGCAUGUUAUCUUUGUCAUCCCAAUUUAUGGAUACGUCAUGAAAUUUGUGGCAUGAUUUCUACUACAGCACGUAACCUAUCGGCCAUUGAUGUUCAAUGUAAAAUAAUGCCGGCAAUACAAAAGUUUUUAAAAACUCCCAUCAUACAAGUUGAGAAACCAGAUAUAUUAUUGGAUUGUAUUUUGCCGCCGAUACCAAGACAGGUCUAUGAUAGUGUUAUGCGUUUUGCAGAUGUUCACAAGUUUAUUCAUGCCCUAGAGGAUAGAGCCAAAAUACGCAAUGAAACAAGGCCUGGUCUGCCGGUACAAUAUAGUGAUAUGGGUCAAACAUUGAGUAGUCUUUUCCGUCGUUUAGAAUCGGAUGGCCUAACAGAGCAGGUUGAAAAACAAUUACUGGCAAUGAAAAACUUUUUAGCUAAACUCAAAUACAAAUCACAACAAGAUGCCGAUGAACCCUCGAUUUCGAGUAAUGGCCGUAUUAGUUUGAGACGUAAAUUUAUCGUAUGUCAUGAAUUUCCAUUGGGCGAUCGUCAUGCUCCAUCGAAAAUAAGUAUGGAACCACGUAUUAGUGAUGGUAUCACGCCAACAUCACCAAAUUCAGAUACAGCAGCAUCACCUGGUGGCGGUAUGUCGGGAUCACCGGCAUCGGGUGUUAUCGUGUUGGGCACCCAACCGACAACAGUUAGUACAGCAACCUCGUUGGGAGAGUAUACAAUGCCGGAGAGGAAUUAUUGGCAAGAACGCUCAUCCGAAUGCCGCAAAGACUUGGAGAAUUUACGCAGUAAAAUGAAAACGCAAUACAGUGUUUUGGCUCUAUCACAGCGCAGUAAUUUGGAUAAAUCAAAUUCUCCUUAUCCACAUGGUUGGCGCUUAGGUGGCACCAUGGUCGCCCAUUUACAUGAACAUUCCGAAUCAGUUAUCAAACUAACACCGUUGAAACCCUAUGGUUCUCUAUUUGCCAGUGGCAGUAUAGAUGGUACAGUACGUCUAUGGGAUGCCAAUAAAUUAAGUGGCAAUAAUGGCAUUAACAAAUCGAGACAAGUGUAUGCAGCCAAUACACCAAUCUACUCGUUGGCGGCUUGUGACAAUGGACAAUCGUUAGCUGUGGGCGGCAAGGAUGGCAGUUUGUUAAUUAUGAGAAUCGAUCGAAAUUCCUCGAAGAUGACAUUGCAACAGGCCUUGCAUUUAGAUCAAAAUGAAAAUGAUGGUUCCGUUGUGGAUAUGCAUUCCUAUGAGCAAUGCUCACCCAGUGUCAUAAUUUAUGCCACUCUAUAUGGCGGCAUUGUGGCAUGGGAUACACGCAUGCAAAAAUCUGCUUGGCGUUUACAAAACGAACUACGUCAUGGUGUGAUAACCACCAUUUGUGCUGAUCCAACCGGUUCGUGGUUGGUUACCGGUACCAGUGGUGGUAAACACAUCUGUUGGGAUUUAAGAUUUCGUUUACCAAUAGCUGAAAUAAAACAUCCUGCGGAUUCAUGGAUUCGAAAAGUAGCCUGUCAUCCCACAGAGCCAUCAUGUUUAAUUUCCGCUUCACAAUCCAACAAUGAAGUUUCCAUAUGGAAUAUUGAGACGGGUCAUCGUCAUACGGUUCUGUGGGCCAGUUCAGCACCGGUAUUAUCGUAUACCAGUAUGAAUGAUCCUGCCACCACAUGUGGCAUAUUGAGUGGUGUUGUUGACAAUUCACCAUUUAUUAUUACUGGUAGUUCGGAUCAACGUUUGCGUUUCUGGGAUUUACAACAGCCAAAGAAUUCUUCAAUGAUAAUACCAUCGUCCAAGGAUAAUUUGAAUGAUGUUACCUUUAAUUAUGACUCCCGCCUCAUUGAAGGCAGUCAGGUUAUUGAGGAACAUAUUAUCUCAAUGGGCAAUGUUGCGGAUAUAAAUACAUUAAGAGCAUCGACAGAGGAAAAUCCCAGAUCAGGACCUGAAAUGCCAUCGGCCAGUCAUCAUGAUGCCAUUACAGAUUUAUUAAUGUGUAAAACUGAUAAAGAUCAAAUUUAUGUAGCAUCAGCAUCACGUGAUGGCGUUAUAAAAUUGUGGAAGUAA